AUGGAGUCUCCUACGCUACCAGGGCGCGAGGCUCUUACAUCACGCGUCGUACCUUCGAUGGUUCUCAGUGAUGGCAGCGCUUCUUCGAUGACCCCAAUGCCCGCUUUCGACAUCGAGUCCGACGCUGCAGUUGGUGCUCAGAAACGAUUCCAUGUUCAGGGAAAUGCUGUUCUCGCCGGAGGUGCCGGGACCCUGGGUCUGCACUCUUGCGAUGCUCUCCUUGAGCACGGCCUUCAGGGCCUCAUGAUCUUCGACAUCAACCCGGAUAACUGUCAAAAAGACAUUGCCCGAAUGAAAACCAAAUUUCCUGACGCCAAAAUCCAUGUCCAAAAGGUCGAUGUCACAGAUGAAGAAACCGUCAAGGAAGCCAUGGAGAAAACGGUGCGCGUUCUUGGAUCGAUCGAUACACUUGUCUGCUUCGUAGGUGUUGUUGGCUGCGUGGAAACACUCGACAUGCCCGUGUCCCAGUGGCGCAAAGUUUUGGACAUUAACACCACCGGAUCCUUCAUUUGCGCCCAAGCAGCAGCACGUGAGAUGGUGAAGAAAGGAAAUGGAGGCUCGAUUACUUUUGUCGCGUCGAUCUCGGCACACCGCGUCAACUAUCCGCAGCCACAAGUGGCUUACAAUGUGAGCAAGUCUGCUCUUCUCAUGCUCAAGAGCUGUCUUGCGGCAGAAUGGGCUCGCUACGGUAUCCGGACCAAUAGUGUGAGCCCUGGAUAUAUGGACACUGUCUUAAACGAGGGUGAUGGAAUCGCAUUGCACAGGAAGAUAUGGGCCGAGCGGAAUCCUAGUGGGAGAAUGGGCAGCCCAUCUGAGCUGACGGGGGCAAUUGUUCUUCUUGCCAGUACUGCAGGGACAUACAUGAAUGGUUCAGAUAUUGUCAUUGAUGGUGGUGCUAUUGUAUUUUAG